UUGUUGAUAUAAUUUUAAUAAAUUUUCAUAAGCUCCAUCGGGAUAAUUGCCUCCAUAACCAUUACGUAGAUCCGUGCUCCUCGACGGUAAAUCUAAUUCUUUUAUUUAUUUUUUAAAUUAAAAGUACAGUUACAAUCAUAAAAUAAAACACUAAAAUAAACAAUGCUUUACUCGGGUGGUAAGCGAACGCAUAGCGGCGGCUCUGCUCUCUUAGCUGAAUUUCCCUAAAACCCUGCUCUAAAGUCUGAAGGUUGUUUACCUUCAGAUUUAGACUGAGUCAUUGGUGAUUGCUGGCUGCUUGAUGCAUUUUCCAUUCCUCCAGAACUAGAGUUUAAAAUUGGAAGUUCUUUCUGCAGCAAUGGCUCGAGCAAUUUACUGAGCUUGGCCUUGAACUUCCGCUCUCAUUCCUCCGAUCAUGGUGGAACAGUUUUUUUGUGCUGCCUGCAUGAUCUCCAGUUGUUGAAAAGCUUGCAUCUGCUCCUGCAGAGAAUUCAGCCUAGUUCCUUCCGCCAUGGUCCUGACUUUGCUUUGUUUUCCCAGCUUGGUGGUUGGAUCCUUGGAGCUCUGAUACCAACUUGUUAUGGACUGCAGUUUGUCGCAGAGUAGAAAAUAUAGAAGAGAGGAGAAGAGGAUAAAGAAGAGAUAGAGACAGAAUUUGAGAGAAGAGAGUAAUUAGCCAAUUCAUUCAUAAUGAUUCUCAUUACAGUGCACCAUUAUAUAGCCAUAUAUGCCAAUCAUGUGUUGCUAAUUACAAUUAUUUAGUAAUAAGGAAGUUGAGUUCUCAGCUGUCUCGUGUGAUACUAACAGACUGCCUCAUCACCAGCACUCCAUGCCAACAGUCACACCCACCUUCCUGUCAUUUUCCCUGAUUCUAGAACCUGCUACCUGUAGCUCCUCUACCAGAAUCUGCUGCCUUCAACUUGCUUAUGUCAUUCAAGUCAACCAUUCCACUUUGUUUUUUCAUUCUUCUACGAGCCCUCACUAUUUUCAUCACAUAAAAAUGGGGUUCUGAGUCUUUUUGUGACUGUUGGCUAUAAUAAGUGCAGUAAUGUGCCUUAUUUGGAUUUUUUUUGUUUUGGUUUAAAAUCUUUCAAUAGUAUAUGGGUAGCUUGAUUCUCUUGUUUGGAAGAAUCAAGUGGAAAAUGGUUGUUAUUAGGAGGUUAAAUUGUAGUUUCUAAAGCCAAUAGCAGCAGCAUUGUGUAGAUUCUGUUCUUGAUUGCAUCUCUCUGAUGUUCACAGAGGACAGGAUAAACGUGGCACUUAUCUGAAUUGCUUCUUAUAGUAAUGCUAUGUUGUAUGCAAUGUUUUAUUGUAUUGUAUGGUAGACAUACUGGAACUGUAAAUGGGAGGCAGCAUAAAAUCCAGCUUUCAUUCUCUGCAUCUUUUAUAAGUCAUUGAUUUGAUGCCUUUGCCAUUGGAUUUGUAAUUAUAUGUUAAGAGUAAAGUUGAAUGCUUUUAAAUUUAAUUUAACUGCUAGCUGUUCAGUCUAGAAAUGAAUAAAGAAAAGUUCAUGUGCUGUACUUUCCUCUUUCAUUGAAGAGUGCAGAAGAGGACAUAGGGAAAGAGGAAAGGGUUUGGCUACUGCAAUUUGUGAUGGUAGAAGUGUGGUGGUCACUUCUUGGGGCUGCCAUCCCAGCAGUCAUCGCAGGGCAAGCUUUUAGAAUGAAGAAAAGGCAUGCUGAAGAACAGAGAAUUAAGAGUGCCAGAGGAAGGGAGAAGAGUUCAGAUGAUAUUUUUGUUUGUGAGAGAGUGUGCACUUCAAAGAGAAUGUUGAAAAAGGUUGGUGCAUUUUCAAAAGAUCCAAUUCCUGACACUUGUGUAACUGUCUGUGGUGUGUCUGAGCUUGAUGCAUGCUCCGAUGCUUGUGCUCGUACUGUGUGCGUCAACCAACAUCAGGUGCCCAACUGGAAUGAUAUUUGCCUUAGAAGGUGUCAGAGUGAAUGUCUUAGAUUUUCUGCUUCCCAUUCUUCUUAGUGCAAUUUCCUUUAGUUUUCAUUUUGAACGGCAAAAUAUGUAGAACAUUGUCUUUUAAUUACAGUGACUACUAUCUCAGUUUCAGUUGGUGGUCUCUAAAUGGUGAUCCUUCUAGCUGUCAAUUUUAAGUUGAAUGUUUGUUGUCAGGAUGGGCUUUUAAACUCAUAGAAUCUAUGCGGUUUCAUUGAGCUCGAAACUUUGAAUUAUGAAGUCUUCUACUGUGCUGUUCUUUAUUAAACAAAUUCAGAUCGGACAAAUCUGUUUCUCCGUUGAUGGUACCUCAUUUUAAUCUAAUUGCUUUAGCAUAUUGAAAUGUAAGAGUACCUUAUGGUUCUCUUUAUACAUAAUAUUGUCAAUGAUCCUUACGCGCAUGCUUAUCUGCAAGUGGAAAAGAAAAUAUGAUGCCUAGCUCAUUGGUCUUUCUGUGCAAGUUCUCCAAGCUUUUGUUUCCUGUUCUGGAGGUUGGAAUCCUGGACGAGUGGGAUUUUAUGAAAUGCGAGAGACUGUGUAGCGUAUAAACAAUAAUAAUAAUAAUAAUAAUUCAAAAUUCAAAGCUUGAAAGCGUUUGAAAAUGGAUUUUGCUAUGGAUUAAUCGAACAUUCAAAUCUAAGGCUCACCCAGGAACUUAGAUUAUAUGGAAAGUACAUUAUAGGUUGACAUUGAGUGCAUAUUAGUAAUUGACGAGAUCAUAAAACAAAAAUUGACUAAGAAAGAAAACACCUAAAUUACUCAACUGAUAGGGUUUCCGGAUCUAGUUUAAAGCUCAUCAUGAGAUUCUUCAUUAUCUGAGACACUCCCUUUCACCUUCUCAGCGGUCUUGUGGACAGCUUCUGCAGCAGAUUUCGCAGUUUCUUCAACCGUUGCUUCACUUGUUCCAAUGCUUUUCUUGACUGCUUCUUUCAUCUCCUCUCCUACACUAUCUGAACCCCUAGCUUUUGCUGUGCUUGUGCCACUAAAACUGACGAGAGACAAGGAACAAAACAUGUUAAUGGUGAACGUACAUUCAUUCAACAUUCAAAACUAAAUAAUAACAAAAAGAAUAAACUUUCAAUCUUACUCUAGAUUUGGAGGAGUAAACUGCAACUGGAAGUCAUGGAUAAUGGUUUUGAUCUUUUCCCAAGAAUUUUUAUGAGAUUUCUUCAACAAUGAAAUGGUGCUUGAUACAACCUGGAAGAAUGAUGGUUUCUCUUCAUUGUGCUGCCCGGUUUCACAAACUACUGAUAGAAUUUGAUGCGACAGAAUGAUAAGCCGAACAAGAAACAGAGUCGAGCUUCUUCUUCUAGAUUUGUUCAUGCUUAAAAAUGAAGAAACAAGAAAAAGUUAAGUGGU